AUGUCUUUCAACCCCAACUCGGUGGAUCUGGACACUGCAGACCCGAGGGAUGUCAUCUGCUAUAUGAAUGCCGGCGAGAAUGACUACGAUGGCCGACUCGGGGCGCGCAUCUCGGCCAUUUUCGUCAUCUUUGUCGUAUCCACAGCCGUCACCUUCUUCCCCAUGCUCGCGAAACGGAAUCCCCGCCUACAUAUCCCUCAUUACGUCUACCUGUUUGCUCGCUACUUUGGCGCCGGCGUCAUCGUCGCCACCGCGUUUAUCCACCUUCUCGACCCUGCCUACGACGAGAUCGGCCCCGCCAGCUGUGUCGGCAUGACCGGCCACUGGGCAGACUACUCCUGGUGCCCUGCCAUCGUGCUCGCCUCGGUAAUGGGCAUCUUCCUCCUGGACUUUGGCGCGGAGCGGUACGUCGAGAUCAAGUACGGAGUCUGCAGGGAGGACCCCGAGCAGUUCAUGACCAGCACCGCCAACAACGAGGAAGCCGUGUCCAGACAGGCCACCAGCACAGGCAAGAAAGCAGGCGACACGCUCGAGGCCCAGUCGAUCGACUCUGGCUAUAUCGAACGCUCGUUUCGACAGCAGAUCGCCGCUUUCUUGAUCCUCGAAUUCGGCAUUAUCUUCCACUCUGUCAUCAUCGGCCUGAACCUGGGCACAACCGGCGAGGAAUUCCCGACCCUCUACCCGGUCCUAGUCUUCCAUCAGUCAUUUGAGGGUCUCGGUAUUGGAGCCAGAAUGUCGGCCAUCCCCUUCCGCAAGGGCAGCUGGCUUCCUUGGGCCUUGUGUCUGCUCUACGGCCUGACAACCCCGAUCGCCAUCGCCAUCGGUCUUGGUGUCCGCACGACCUACAAUGCCGGGUCCUUUACUGCGAACGUUGUGUCGGGAAUCUUUGAUGCCAUUUCGGCAGGGGUCCUCAUCUAUACCGGUCUGGUUGAACUUCUUGCUCGUGACUUCUUGUUCGACCCGCACCGCACUCAGGAUAGCAAGCGUCUCACGUUCAUGGUCAUCUCCUUGCUCUGGGGUGCUGGAAUCAUGGCCCUCAUCGGAAAGUGGGCGUAA